GCCCUCCCUCCCUCCCCACAAAAUAAAUUCUGGACUCAUCCUCAUAUCAUGUAAAGACACAAGAUAAGGCAAAUCAAGUAUCAUUCAUACUUUGUACAGUACAGAUGCCAUUUUUGAGAAUUGAUGAGAGUUUGUGAAAUCUUGGGUUGCAUUGCAAUAAAUGGAUUAUAAAAAUAAGCGAUUAAAUUAGUUUACCAAAAAAAAAAAAGGUUUAAUUACUAGCCUAUUAUUAAUUAUUAUAUAUAGCAAAUAUGAGAAUGGUGAUGAGAAUGCAAAGUCACAGGGCCAGCAGGGGUGUGAGCUUUGUAAACCUUGUUCAGCAGCUUGUGUACCUUCCAGCAGUUGUAUUGUCGUCAAUUGGUGCCUCCGCAUCCAUCACCGUCCGAGCGUCAUCGUCAUCAUCAGAAGCAGCAGCAGCAUCAGUGAGGAUGAGCCAGAGUGAGCCUCCCCCUCCCCCUCCGAUGGCGAAGAAGGUGGAGCAUAAGAUGGAGAUGUUCGGAGACGUGAGAGUGGACAACUACUAUUGGCUUCGAGACGACUCUCGCUCCAACCCCGACGUCCUCUCUUACCUUCAACAAGAGAACGCUUACACCCAAUUCUUCAUGUCCGGAACUAAGAAAUUUGAAGAUGAACUGUACGCUGAGAUAAGGGGGAGGAUCAAGGAGGAUGAUAUAUCUGCACCUGAACGAAAAGGCCCCUACUAUUACUAUCAAAGGACUUUGAAGGGUAAGGAAUAUGUUCAGCAUUGUCGCCGCUUAAUACCCAACUGUGAGGCUGAGGCCCCACUCUCUGUAUACGAUACAAUGCCCACCGGACCUGAUGCUCCUCCUGAGCAUGUAAUCUUGGAUGAGAAUAUUAAGGCUCAACAUCAUGACUAUUAUAGCAUUGCUGCUUUUGAGGUUAGUCCAAAUAAUAAAUUGGUGGCAUAUGCAGAAGACACCAAAGGAAAUGAAAUUUAUACAAUUCAUGUCAUUGAUGCUGAGACAGGUGCUCCUGUGGGACUGCCUCUAGUUGAUGCAACAUCCUAUCUUGAAUGGGCUGGUGAUGAGGCUUUAGUUUAUAUUACAAUGGAUGAAACUCUCCGGCCUGACAAGGCAUGGUUACAUAAGUUGGGAACAGAACAGUCAAGUGACUCGUGCCUCUAUCAUGAAAAGGAUGAUAUGUUUUCUCUUGACCUUCAAGCUUCUGAGAGCAAAAAAUUCUUAUUUGUUGGAUCUGAAAGUAAAAUUACAAGAUUCAACUUCUACCUUGAUAUUGCAAAGCUUGAAGAUGGGCUUGUGGUUCUGACACCUCGUGUAAAUGGCAUUGAUACAUUUGUUAGUCAUCGAGGAAAUCAUUUUUUUAUAAAGAGGAGAAGCGACAAAUGUUUUAAUUCUGAAGUAAUUGCUUGUCCACUGGAAAAUACAUCUGAAACUACUGUUCUUCUUCCACACAGGGAAAGUGUAAAAAUUCAGGAUAUACAACUUUUUAGUGAUCACCUUGUUGUAUAUGAGCGUGAAGAGGGUCUACCAAAAGUCACUAUCUAUCACCUUCCAGAUGUUGGACAACCGCUUAAAAGCCUUCACGGUGGUCAAGCUGUUAAUUUUUUGGAUCCCGCAUACUCUGUGGAUCAAUCAGAAUCAGAAUUUUCUUCCGGAAUUUUAAGAUUUUCUUAUAGCUCAAUGAAAACGCCUCCGUCUGUAUAUGAUUAUGAUAUGAAGACAGGCAUUUCUGUUUUGAAGAAGAUCGAAACAGUUUUGGGAGGUUUUGAAGCAUCAAAUUAUGUUACUGAAAGGAAAUGGGCUAGUGCUCCAGAUGGUACUCAGAUUCCAAUAUCAAUUGUUUACAGGAAGGAUCUCAUAAAACUUGAUGGAUCGGAUCCAUUGCUACUCUAUGGCUAUGGCUCCUAUGAGGUCUGCAUAGAUCCCAGUUUUAAAGCUUCAAGGCUGUCUUUGCUUAAUCAUGGUUUUAUUUAUGCUAUAGCUCACAUUCGUGGGGGUGGUGAAAUGGGGAGGCAGUGGUAUGAGAAUGGAAAGUUACUAAAGAAGAAGAAUACUUUUACCGAUUUUAUUGCUUGUGCUGAGUAUUUGAUAGAAAAGAAGUACUGUUCAAAAGCAAGAUUAUGCAUUGAUGGAAGGAGUGCAGGUGGACUGCUUAUUGGUGCUGUUCUUAAUAUGAGGCCUGAUUUGUUCAAGGCUGCUGUUGCUGGAGUGCCCUUUGUUGAUGUUCUGACGACAAUGCUUGAUCCAACUAUCCCUCUCACAACUUCAGAGUGGGAGGUAUUUUUCUUUUCCUCACGAGAUUCUUACGUUGAAGCAUUAACAAGAUGAAAGAAAUGAAGAAGA